GUACAUUUACGGAUAAAUUCUUACACACGUUGUUCAAUUUUGUUUACGAUUUGCCACAGCAUUUUUCAAUGAAUUUUCAAUAUUUAUAAAAUAAAUAAAAAAUGGGACAAAUUAAAAAGCAUAACAAGUUUAAUCCCCACAAAAAGCAAUAUAAAAAACCAGUUAUAAAUAAAAAACAUUUAAAUAGUAAAUUUAAACAUCGUGGUAGUGCCACCGUAGAACUAGUAAAGAAACAAAUUGACUUGGAAAAGAGUCGCAAAGAGAAACAAGAUGAGCGGGAACAGCAACAUUUCACGGAAGAUGUGGAGGAAGAGGAGCCUAUCAAUCACUUUCAAUGUUUAGUGGAAGAUUUGCAUACCAGUGUGAAAAAGAAACCGGCCUUCAAGGAGAAACCUUUACAAUUGUUGGGCACUAAGAAGACCAAACAAGAAUCAAAACCUGACAUUAAAGCUAGCAAAUUAAAUAUUAAUUAUGUUCUACCUAAAUUAAAUCAUUUCAAGGAACAUUUACAAAAUGAAAUCAAUGCCGAAGAUGUAGAAAAACUUAUUAGUGGCACUAGUGAAAAACUAAAAAGCACCUUAAGCUGGCCGGAAGUUGGCCAUUUAUAUGUUACUACCCCCGACAUAGCGCUCAAUGAGAAUAAGUGUUUAAUUAAUACACAACCACCUCCGGCCUUAGAAACAUCGAGUGAUUUAGAAUCUGUUGGUUUGCAACCGUCUUUAGCUAAUCGAGUAACACUACCUUUGUCCCAGCUACAAAGUGAACUUUUGUCACUUGUACAAACCUAUAAAGAUGUUUACUAUCCCUAUAGAACAUUUGAUAAUGCUGAGCAAAUACGUCAGGUUUAUACCAUUCAUGCCUUGAAUUAUAUUUUUAAAACCAGAGCCUGUGUGAUGCUGAAUACCAAGAAGAUCGAGGAAGAAGAAAGUAAAAAUAGCGGAAUUGUUUUUGAUGACAUCCACAGAGAUCAAGGUUUGGCUAGGCCAAAGGUAUUAAUUGUGACACCUUUUCGGGAUUCCGCUAGUCGAAUUGUUAACAUAAUGUCGGAAAUUAUCAAGAAAAAAGAAACAGACAACGAUCAAAAGUCCAUAAUGAAUUUUGAUAGAUUUCAAAAGGAAUUUACCGGUGAUACCAUUUACUUUCCCAAGACGAAUCCGAAACCAGAAGAUUAUGAGAAAACUUUUGGCGGCAAUACUGAUGACAAUUUUCGCAUUGGCAUGUCUUUAACUAAGAAGACCCUUAAAUUGUACACCGACUUUUAUUCAUCUGACAUAUUAAUUGCCUCACCUUUGGGCUUACGUGUUACUAUGGGUGGUAGUAGCAACACUGAUGUAGAAAGUGAUUUCCUCUCAUCAAUAGAAUUGCUAAUUAUAGAUCAAGCUGAAUUGUUUUUAGCACAAAAUUGGGACAAUCUAUUGCAUGUUUUAGAUCAUUUACAUUUGCAGCCCAAAACUUUAAGAACAACUAAUAUAAAUCGUGUUCGGUCAUGGUGUUUGAAUGGUUUGUCCAAAUUUUACCGUCAAACUUUACUAUUUGCUUCGCAUGAAUUGCCCGAAUUUCGCGGAGUAUUCAAUAAUAAAUGUUUCAACUACGAAGGCAGUGUACGUGUCUCAAAUCCCAUUAUAAACGGCGAUAUACGUAAUGUCAUUGUACCUUUGUCACAAGUUUUCCAACGCAUCGAAUGUUCGGAUAUAGAUCAGGUUUUCCAAACGCGUUUCAAUUAUUUCGUUAACAAGAUAUUGCCGCAAUUUAAAAGCACCAUAUUUUCCCAUACCAUGAUUUACAUACCCAGCUACUUUGAUUUCGUUCAAUUGCGUAAUUAUUUUAAAGCUGAAAAUCUUAGUUUUGUACAAAUUUGUGAAUAUACGAAAAAAGAAAAAAUUGCUCGUGCUAGAGAUAUGUUCUUCCAUAGUGGAGCUCAUUUUAUGCUGUACUCGGAGAGAUCACAUUUCUUCAAACGUACCCGCAUUAAGGGUAUACGUCACAUCAUUAUGUAUCAGCCACCACAGUGGCCACAUUUCUACUCGGAAAUGAUUAAUUUAAUGCAUACAUCAAAUCAAAAUUCACGAGAUGGUUUGGAGGAUUCAAUGAGUAUCACAGUUUUAUACACAAAAUAUGAUUGUUUACAAUUGAAUGGUAUUUUGGGUAGUGAGAAUGCAACAAAUCUUUUGGAAACGGAUAAAGCUGUUCAUGUUUAUGCCGCACAAUAAGUCGUUAAUGUAAAAUAAUUAAAUAUAUAUUUUUCUGUUAUAAAAUUUUUUUAAUAAAAACAAAAAAUAACAUUAACUUUAUAAAGAA